AUGAGUGACAUCACUUGGAAGGAUGCUGUGCUUAGACGCUGGUAUUACCAGGAUUUUUCGCCUAUAUGCAUUUCCUCGUUACCAGGUCGUGGGUACUAUGAAUUGGCUAGAGUCCGUUGUCUAAAGGAUAAAGAGAUUAACUACUUGAUCGACACCAUAAUACGUAAGGCAAAGACCAAAAUGACAUUGAAACUGAUAGAAGCUAUGUUCGAUGAAAGCGAGGACUCCUGGAUGUACAUCCCGGAACUAAUUCGCAUACGAAAUCAUCUUCAAGUGGGAAAUUUGAAUUUACACAGAUCAGAUUGUCUAUAUGCCAGAACAUUUCGGAAAGCAAAAGAAGACAACUUGCGUGUACGUCUGGCAUCUCUUAAUCGAGUUUACGUCGCAUCUGUAUUGCUUGAGGCCAUACAAUUGAAGGCAUUAUUCAAGUUAUUUGUUCGGGUGCUUUACAUGAAGAUACCGUCGUCUGAAGUAGAGCGGUUGCUUGUACAUUUGAAUCUCCUGGAUAGCAACUAUUUUGAGCUAUUACAUUGCAGAGAAGUCGUCCUUGAAAGGGCCGUUCAAUACUAUUGUUGCAGAGAGAAAGAACAUCUGACCCAAAAUGAAAAUACCAAGUUAAUCACAGAGGCAUUAAUGGACACGUUACAUAAUGGACAGAAUGUAAGCUUUGCAAGAGAUACCGAAGAUACGAAGCUUGAUUUUGAGGAUCUUCUUAUUUUAAGGAACUACGGUUGUGAUUCUAAGCUGGCCAGCUUCAAUGCAUAUGCUAUGGUUCAAGAAAUUGGUCGUAGACUUGAAGUUUCGAUACCGAUCAACCAUAUGUGUAUCAAUCCCACCUCUGAUGCAGAUCAUCUGUUGAUGGUAUACUCGGACCAUCAAUUUAAUGCCAAACCAAUAAGUAGGUUUCCUGCUAUAUAUCGGCAGAUAGAGAAACCUUGUAAAUAUUUGGAGUACGUUCUCAAUUUUAUGUUUGGAGCAGAUUUCGAUAGAACUAUCUUCAGGAGCCGUGGUAUAUGGCAUCCUCAGAGUACGUCUUGCGAAGGAGAAUGUGGUCAUGGAGUGACAGAGAAUGUAGUAGGGACUUCCUUUGUUAGAGACAGUACUCAGAGAAUAGUUCAACUAUUUUUGCAAUUCAUUACUUUGAAACGCAUAGCAGCAUUGCAGUCGUUGGUUGAAUACAUUAGCAAGAAACGAACACCCAUUUUGCUAAUGAUGUUGCGCAGUGUUUUACGAGGGUUCCAGGGAAAAGAGAACUAUCACGAGGAGAUCGCCUAUAUUGAUGAAAAGCUCAAUGACACCUGCCAACUAGCUUUGGAUGUAGAUAUCAAGUUUGCGUUUGGUACUACUUACGACAGAAGCCUUUGGGACGACAAUGUUCCCCAUGGACUUCAUGUUGGAGAUGUGAUAUUCAGUUAUAAGCAAGAGGCAGGAGUGAUAGUGGCGUAUAGGGAGGAAAACAAGUCCAAAAGCUUUCUCUGCCUCAUGAGCAAAAGCUUUCUGCAAGUGGUUAAUGCGAGAGAUAUUUGUGUUCGUGAGUUUACUGAUGAAUUGGUGUUAGAAUUUGCUGAAUACGACCAGUUGGGUGAGUUUUUCAGCGGGUUCGACUGGAUAGCGAGACGUUUUGUAGUAUAG